CAGAUUUACAGACUUUGAGAAUUCCCGAGGUAGCCGAUGCCAGGGACCGGAGUGUGAGGCCCCAGCAGGCUUCUACGUUUUGUCGCCUUCAAACCAUAAAGACACGCGUCCCAUCCAGAAGAUGGUGCGGGUCUGCGUGUUCUGCGUCCUGCUGCUCGCUUUGGUGGACAGAGCCGCACUCAGAGCCAUCGGGGAGACGAGGACUAAAAACCUUCGUGUGUCCAGACCUCUCAUCGUGCCAGGCUACCCAGAAAACACAACGGGGUUGGUUGGGGGUCAGGUGAAACUGGUAUGCAAGGUCCACCGGCCAGCAUCCACCAAAGUGCAGUGGCUGAAAACGGAUACCAGAAGUUCAGAACGGAGUCCAGGAGGACCGCCUGACAUCAAGGCCCUGACACCCCUGCAAAGUAACGGGUCCAAGGUGAACACUCUGCACCUGUCCAAUAUCACUGCUGAGGAUGCAGGCGAAUACAUCUGCAUGGCUGAGGGCACCCACGGGGGACAGACGGUUCAGGCCAUGCAGUCGGCAUGGCUGGAAGUCCUGCCUGGCACCAUCAUUUCCCAAACUGUAAAAAUGACCGUUGCUGAAAUUCCACCAGAAGUUCUCAAGGACCUCAGCGAGGACACCACGGAGCAUCUCCUGCUGGAGCCGGGAAACGUUCUGAAGCUUCGCUGCGACAUGAACACGCGGCCAGGUAUGGCGGUGAACUGGUACAAGGAGGGCGUUCGGCUGCUGCCGACGCCCCGGAUCCAGAUGCGUGGAGCCACCAUGGAGAUCACAGACGUGACUUAUGACGAUUCAGGAAUUUAUGUUUGUGUUCUCCGAGGAACCAAAAAUCCAGUGCGGAACUUCACCAUCACUGUAGCAGACACGUUGGGGUCGGGGGACGAUGACGAGGACGGCUUGGAGGACUCUUCAGCCGAGAUAGAAAAUGAUCAAGUUUACUUCUCCAGAGGUCCCUACUGGACCCACACCCAGCGCAUGGACAAGAAGCUGUACGCUGUCCCUGCAGGCAACACGGUCAAGUUUCGCUGCCCGGCAAUGGGCAGCCCAAUACCAACCAUCCGCUGGCUCAAGAACGGGCGUGAAUUCAGAGGAGAGCACCGCAUCGGCGGGAUAAAGCUAAGACACCAACACUGGAGCCUGGUGAUGGAGAGCGUGGUGCCCUCGGACAGAGGGAACUACACCUGCAUGGUGGAGAACAAAUAUGGAUCCAUUUCUCACAGCUACGUCCUUGACGUUCUGGAACGCUCCCCUCACAGGCCAAUCCUGCAAGCUGGUUUACCUGCCAACACCACAGCCGUUGUUGGCAGCGACGUUCAGUUCCACUGCAAAGUCUACAGCGACGCUCAGCCUCACAUUCAGUGGCUCAAGCACAUCGAAAGGAACGGCAGUCGCUAUGGUCCUGAUGGGACGCCGUACGUUCAGGUCCUCAAGACUGGCAGCCUGAACAUGUCAGAGGUGGAGGUGUUGUACCUGUCCAAAGUUACCAUGGAAGACGCAGGAGAGUACACCUGCCUGGCCGGUAAUUCAAUCGGCUUCGCCUACCAGUCUGCUUGGCUCACUGUACUGUCAGAGGAAGAAGCAGCGGUAGCCGUUGAAACCAUGGCGACAAAGUACACCGACAUCAUCAUCUACGCCUGCGGAUUUGUGGCUUUGCUCAUGGCCAUCAUCAUCGUGGUGUUGUGUCGGAUGCAGGUCCGCCCUAGAAGGGAGCCUUUCGAUGCCCUUCCUGUGCAGAAGCUUUCAAAGUUCCCACUUCGUAGGCAGUAUUCUGUAGAGUCCAACUCGUCAGGAAAGUCCAGCGCGUCCUUGAUGAGGGUGGCUCGACUCUCGUCCGGCUGUUCACCCAUGCUGGCCGGAGUUAUGGAGUUUGAGUUGCCCUACGAUCCGGACUGGGAGUUCCCAAGAGAGAAUUUAACACUGGGAAAACCUCUAGGAGAAGGCUGCUUCGGUCAGGUGGUCAGAGCCGAAGCCUUUGGGAUCAACAAGGACGGUUCGGACCAGGCCAACACUGUGGCGGUCAAGAUGCUCAAAGACGAUGCCACGGACAAAGACCUGGCGGACCUGAUUUCAGAAAUGGAGCUGAUGAAAGUGAUGGACAAGCACAAGAACAUCAUCAACCUCCUGGGCGUCUGCACACAGGAUGGCCCUCUGUAUGUGUUGGUGGAAUAUGCCUCCAAAGGCAGUCUGAGGGAGUACCUGCGGGCCAGGCGACCUCCAGGCAUGGAUUACACCUUUGAUGUUACUAAAGUACCCGAGGAGCAGCUCACCUUCAAAGACCUGCUGUCUUGUGCAUACCAGGUGGCCCGAGGGAUGGAGUACCUGGCCUCCAAAAGGUGCAUCCACAGAGAUUUGGCAGCCAGGAAUGUCCUGGUGACGGAGGACAACGUGAUGAAGAUCGCGGACUUUGGUCUGGCCAGAGGCGUCCACCAGAUUGACUACUACAAGAAAACCACCAAUGGACGGCUGCCGGUGAAGUGGAUGGCACCAGAAGCUCUGUUUGACAGAGUCUACACACACCAAAGUGACGUGUGGUCGUUUGGCGUCCUGAUGUGGGAGAUUUUCACAUUGGGGGGUUCGCCGUACCCUGGUAUUCCUGUUGAGGAGCUUUUCAAGCUCCUGAAGGAAGGACAUCGUAUGGACAAACCCUCCAACUGCACACAUGAGCUCUACAUGAUGAUGCGUGAAUGCUGGCAUGCUGUUCCCACCCAGAGACCAACGUUCAAGCAGCUGGUGGAGGAGCUGGACAAAGCUUUGCUGUCCAUCUCUGACGAGUACUUGGACCUGUCGACGCCUUUCGAACAGUACUCCCCAUCCUGCGAGGACACAUCCAGCUCCUGCUCCUCCGACAACGACUCCGUUUUUACCCACGAUGCCCUGUCCACCGACCCCUGCCUCCUGGCCUAUCAGGACGUGCGCUCUCGGAUAGAUGUGAAAACGGCUCUCCGAUAAACGGAACGUGUGCGCAUGGACACUAAAGCUGCUGCUGCUUCGCGCUUCUCGGGAGCUAAACUGAAGGUCCACCGCUACAUUUCUAAAAGUCGACGAUCCUCUAAAGCCUUUAGACAUAAAAGGGCAUCUGAAUACACAGACAUACGUGGAGCACUGAGGCCGGUGGGUUUCAUCACUGAGUGGAGUUUUGAAGAGGAACGAACAGAGAAAUGGACAAAUAAAAGUUUGGACUAUCAGCUCGGGCACUGUGCCUAAAGAACAUUGUGACGGUGGACAGCUGUGGCACUGAAACCCCCCAGAAGAGACCCUGGUUCUCUAAGCGCCUUCUUUAAAAAGGUGCCGGACAAAAAUCUCUCACAGACUAAAACCAGGGCAUGGACGCUCAGUUGUGAAGGCAUUUUAACAACAAAAAUGAAUUUAUUUUGUUAUAUUAAAAGGUAAGAAAUUGACUGUUGAUAUAAAUCUCU